UUUACUGGGAGGAAAAAUAACUUUUAAAAACAGAAACCUCAAAACUUUUUAACCCGGUUUAAUCAUACUUUAAUUAUUAAUUCUAUAGAAUAUGUGAGUUGAGUAGCCUAUAUAUAUGGAUAAAAAUCGCUUGUGAAAUCCCUCAUUAUUUGGAGUGAAUGUGAGUGAAUCAGGGUUUUUCAGUCYGACGUGACAGACGCCGGAAGUUUCGGUGCCAACGCCUUUUUUCUUCAUUUCUGCUGUUCUUCUGGGCAACUUGAGUUCCCACCGACCGGGCCAGGAGCUGCUGGACGGGGCUUCACACCCGUGAGCUGCUGAAACUGACCGGAGAAAGUUGUCASAGAAGCGAACAUGGGCUGCACGAUCAGCGCCGAGGACAAGGCUGCGGUGGAGAGGAGCAAAGUGAUUGACAGAAACCUGCGAGAAGACCUGGAGAAGUCCUCCAGAGAAGUGAAGCUGCUGCUGCUCGGUGCAGGGGAAUCUGGGAAAAGCACGAUUGUAAAGCAGAUGAAGAUCAUCCACGAAGCGGGCUACUCAGAAGAGGAGUGUAAGCAGUACAAGGCUGUGGUCUACAGCAACACCAUCCAGUCCAUCAUCGCCAUCAUCAGAGCCAUGGGACGCCUCAAGAUCGACUUUGGUGACCCUGCGAGAGCUGAUGACGCCCGGCAGCUGUUCGUGCUGGCGGGCUCGGCAGAAGAAGGCUUCAUGACGGCGGAGCUGGCGGGCGUCAUCAAGCGGCUCUGGAAGGACGGAGGCGUGCAGGCCUGCUUCAGCCGCUCACGAGAGUAUCAGCUCAACGACUCGGCAGCAUACUACUUGAACGACUUGGACAGGAUAUCCCAGCCCACCUACAUCCCAACUCAGCAGGACGUCCUGAGGACCCGAGUGAAAACCACGGGCAUCGUAGAGACGCACUUUACCUUCAAGGAUCUGCACUUCAAGAUGUUUGAUGUGGGCGGUCAGCGCUCCGAGAGGAAGAAGUGGAUCCACUGCUUUGAGGGCGUGACCGCCAUCAUCUUCUGCGUGGCGCUGAGUGAUUACGACCUGGUGCUGGCCGAGGACGAGGAGAUGAACCGAAUGCACGAGAGCAUGAAGCUGUUCGACAGCAUCUGCAACAACAAGUGGUUCACGGACACCUCCAUCAUCCUCUUCCUCAACAAGAAAGACCUGUUUGAUGAGAAGAUCAAGAAGAGCCCUCUCACUAUCUGCUACCCAGAAUACGCUGGCUUUAACACGUACGAGGAAGCAGCCGCCUACAUCCAGUGUCAGUUCGAGGACCUGAACAAGAGAAAGGACACCAAGGAGAUUUACACCCACUUCACCUGCGCCACAGACACCAAGAAUGUGCAGUUCGUCUUCGACGCCGUCACCGACGUCAUCAUCAAGAACAACCUGAAAGACUGCGGUCUUUUUUGAAGAGCCCGUCGGCAAAAAUCAACCCUUUUUUUUAAGUUGGCGGUGGAGCCAGCUUAUUGUGCAUCCUCAGUGGGGAAGAUAAAAGUUGUGAGGAUCCAUGAUGGACCAGUGCUGUACUAUACACCACUUUUACCUGCUUUAUUUAUGUUUUUUUGUUUUGAUUUUGUUUUUUUGUCUCGGAACAUUUUGAACUAGCGUUACUGCAUCUGUGUAGGCUGUUUGUUUCACUGUAAAAGCAUCAACAUACUUUCCCUUUUUUUUAAGUUAAUCAGUUUUGUUUGAGGAGUAGGAGACUACAAUGUUUUUUACUGUUUCUUCUGCUGCCAUUUCUGGAAAAAGGAGACUUCGCAAGACGAUGGGGAGGAAACGCUCCUUUUUCUUUCUUUCCUACAASACAAAAGGGAAGAAAUGAGGACCAACUCUUGAGUCCAGUUUGUUGGUACCCGUGCCUUCGCAUGCCUUUUACUGCGGUCGUUGUCUCGAUGCUUGUUCUGUUGCCUGCUGAUGUGUUCUAUACAUGAAGAGGUAAACAGUUUUCACAUGUUAGUAUCUCGACUAUCUUCUYUGUACACACCACUGAGCCAUCAGGAGGACCGUUUCUCUCUGGUUUAUAGGUUCAUGGGUCUCUGUGGUGACAAACAUGUAGCCUCUACAGUCCCCUAACCCAGCCCCGCCCCCACACCACCUGCCAUGAGGGCCUGACCUUCGCUGGCUGAUCUCACAGUUUAAUACUGAGAUGUAUAUUGUUACGUUUACCCCAAAGAUCUGGGGCUCUGUUUUUCUUUUUAAAGUGUAUAAAAAUGUCUCUUUCCCAAGUCAUUCAAUAAGCGGUUAGUCGAGGCACUGAGCGUCUGUCAUACUCAAGUAUUUCAAGUACAGAGACCAGAUUUGGCACAUUUUAUUGUAUAUUUUAAUGUAUUUGGAGAAAAGAUUUUAAAGUUUUCAGUUUUAGAGAGGGGAAAACAAAAGAAUCAAUUGUUGAUGUUGAAAUGAUUUUUAGACAGGUCAGAUCUUGGUUGACUUUUUUUUCUUAAGAGUAGAGGACCUACUUAAACAUUGACAAAGACUUUACUCGAUAAAACCUAAGAUAGUGAGGAUAUUCUGGUCUGUAGGUCAGUUGUACCUUAUCAGGAGUGGUAACAUGCAGUCCUGGAUCAGUUCACGUAAAGAAACUGCCACAACUGUCAUGCGUGUAUGUUCUCCAUGUAAGGAGAAUCUUUGUAGACUCAUCUCCCUUAUUUUGCUAAUAAAAAAAUCAUUGACAAACCAGC